AUGAAGACACCCAUUCCAAAUCCGUACUGCCCACCUGAGGAACAGGAUCACCGCCGGAACAUGCGUGUCGAGGCCCGAGUAUAUACAAUGAUCGGAGAUCAUCCACGCGUGCCCAGAUUAAUCUGCUGGGACGAAGAAACAUGCUGUCUAACGCUGGAGUAUCUAGAGAACGGAAAUCUCAGAGACUACAUCCGGCAGAAUCAUCAGAACAUAACUCUUCAACUUCGCAUUCGAUGGAGUAGGCAGGCUGCCGAAGCACUAACGGUCCUUCAUGACCUGGACGUUAUACACUGCGACCUCUCACCAAGAAACUUUCUCCUAGACUCUCAUCUCGAUUUAAAAAUUGCUGACUUUGGCGGUGCAUCUCUCUGCGGUUCAGGCCCAUCAGCUACCCCGGCGAUAAGAUUUCGACCUCCCGGCUAUGACUGGAAUGUUCCUCCAGUAUCUGGGGAUGAUAUAUUCGGUCUAGGGUCGUUGAUCUACUUUAUAAUGACCAGUUCUUAUCCCCACGAGGAAGUAGCUAGUGGUGAGGUUGAGAGACUUUAUGAAGUUGACAAGUUCCCUGAUUUGUCCUCUGUCACUUGUGGAAAUAUUAUCAUGCAGUGUUGGCAUCGACAGAUAGACUCGGUUCAAGUACAUGAUUGCCUCGUGGCAAUCGAAAGAGAACAGUCGCUACAGCUUUGUCUGUGA